UUCUUCCGCGGAUUUUAUCGGAGAACUGUACUCGCACAGACCUGUGGCCGUUGGAUAAGAGCGGAGGGUAUUCCAUUGCCACCACCCAAAAUGGCCGCUGUACCCUGCGGCCAUCUCUGCCGGCCAAUCCAUGCCAUCCAUCCAAAUUUCCCGCGACCCGCGGCCGGCAAGCCUGCCCGUGCCCUCCCGAACGCCCAACAUAGACCUUCCAGGGAACGAAAGCCGGCGCUCGGCGCCGGCCGCAUUUCCAAGUGGGCCUUGAGAAGCAGUAGCAGCUCGGUGGAGCAGAGCCCGCCGGCGCCGGCGGGACCGGGUGUAGUCGACGCCGAGGGGCUGGUUAAGUUCUUGUAUGAGGACCUGCCCCACCUGUUCGACGAGCAGGGGAUCGACCGGUCGAUGUACGACGAUCGAGUCCGGUUCCGGGAUCCCAUCACCAAGCACGACACCAUCGACGGCUAUCUCUUCAACAUUGGCCUCCUCAAGGUCCUCUUCAGGCCCGACUUCCAGCUCCAUCACGUCAGGCAGACAGGACCUUAUGAGAUCACAACAAGAUGGACUAUGGUAAUGAGAUUCGCUCUUCUACCAUGGAAACCAGAGUUGGUCUUCACAGGAAUCUCAAUCAUGGCUGUCAACCCCCAGACUCAGAAGUUCUGCAGCCAUGUGGAUGUUUGGGAUUCCAUAGAGAAGAAUGAAUAUUUUUCAUUGGAAGGUCUAUGGGAUGUUUUACAGCAGCUGCGGAUCUACAAGACUCCAGACUUGGAAACACCAAAGUACCAGAUAUUGAAAAGAACUGCUACUUAUGAGUUGAGAAAGUAUGAGCCUUUUGUGGUGGCUGAGACAAAAGGAGACAAGCUCUCAGGUUCAUCUGGAUUUAAGGAUGUUGCUGGGUAUAUAUUUGGCAAGAAUUCCUCGAUGGAGAAGAUCCCCAUGACUACCCCUGUCUUUACUCAGGCUCAUGAUGACAAAUUAUCAGAAGUGUCCAUCCAGAUUGUCUUACCAAUGAACAAAGACUUUAGCAAUUUACCAGUCCCUAGUGUGGAAGCAGUCAGCUUGAGAAAGGUGGAUGGAGGCAUAAUGGCAGCAACAAAAUUUAGUGGAAAACCCACCGAGGAACUUGUCCGCAAAAAGGAGAAAGAACUGCAGUCUGCGCUACUCAAAGAUGGUCUUGAGCCUCAACAAGGUUGCUUGCUUGCGCGUUAUAAUGAUCCUCAGCAAACAUGGAGCUGUAUAAUGAGGAGUGAGGUGCUGAUAUGGCUUGGUGAGUUCACACUUGAAUAGUAUGCAAAUAUGUCGCAGACUCCUGGAUGGAAGACAUAUAAACUCCAGACCGAGGGUCACCCCUGUCAUAAGUGAAUGACGUACCUUAGGAACUGUGAAUUUUGGAUCCAUGUUUACAACAAUAUUCAAUGGAAAACCAAAGUUCUUCUCAACAGCUAAACGAUUCUCUGUCAGAGUCUUAGCAUCCUCAUUGUUUAUAUCUGCAGUAUUUCUAUAAAUGAAUUUAUUUGAUUUAAAAAAUCAAUAUAUUUGUGUGCAAAGGCACAAGAGGUGUUUGUUCUCAUGUGCUUCUUCAUUAUAAUAAUCUAAUAUCAGAAGAAGUCUAUUACUUGUUA